AUGAUGAAACCAGCGAUUUCCAUUGAAAGUGGAACUCCUGUAUUUCAUCGAAUGCAGCUCAAAUCAGCUCAAAAGGAGGACGCAACCCCACAUCAUGGCCGAGACUUAAUUAACUUAAACGUUGGUGGAACUAGAUUCACAACUUUUUACAAUACUUUGUUGAAUGCACGCUCUUCUUAUUUUGAAAACUUCAUUUGCGGAGAUGGUAACACAGGAGUGAUUUAUCUUUUUGAACAACGAGUGAUCAAAGAUGAAACCGGUGCGGUGUUUAUCAAUCGUGAUGGCCUAUUAUUCUCCUACGUUCUUCAAUUCAUGAGAGAUAGACAGAAAUGCGUUCUACCAGCGGAUAGAAAUAUCUUGGAAAUGUUGAUGAGGGAAUCAGAAUUUUUUGGAAUCGAAUCAUUCAAGAACAUCAUUAUCGAAAGACUCCGUUCAAUCGAAAAGGAAAUAUAA